AAAUACAAGAAGUCUCCAAGCUCACAAAAGAAACAGAAACAAGAGAAAAAAGCAAUAUUCCCCCAGACAUUAUAGUGCCCAGAGACAAAAUUACUAUUUUAGGCUAUGACUCACAUUCUAGCAAUCCCAAUACUAGUGAUAAGGGACGCCCGCAUGCAAAUUUAUUAAGUAACCCUGCAGCCACCAUGAACCAUAUGGUUGAGGAUGACUUUAUCCCGGCAAAGCAAGAAAUGCUCCUUAUGGAAUCCAGAGGGGAUGGGGACCUCUUCCCAAAUCCUAAACAAGGGGAAUACAACCUUUUAC